AUGCUCUACGCACAAAACAUCGCCUUUUUGGGUGCUCUGCUUCUGCUGAUGCAGGCAUCAACGAUACUCGCCCAUCCUGCUAGACACAUACAUCACCACAAACAUCAUCUCGCCAGGGAUGUUGGAGCGAAACACCAUCAAAUCAGGGUUCCAGCUGAUACCAGUGAAGCACUGUGGCCGAAUCACAGCACGCACAGGUCACUAUUGAGAAAGAGAGGAGGCCAGGAUAAUAGCAAAGAGGGCAAGGAGGAAGGAAAAACCUUCACCAUCCGCCAAGUCAAGAACCCUCGUCUUGAAAAACGAAGCACCGCGCAACGCAAUGGUUUAUCGGCUCUGAUCCAUGCCUACGCCAAGUACGGCGUUGAGCCUUCGCCGAGGAUCAAGAAGGGUGUGAAACUGAAUCCGGCUUUUCGUGAAUACCGGGAGCAGCUUGAGAAGAGAGGCGACAUCACGGCCACAGUCGCAGCCAUCCCUCCCCCUGGCAACUACGAGUACAUCUCACCCGUUGAGAUUGGCACACCUCCCCAGACGGUGUGGAUGAACAUUGACACUGUCUCAACCGACAGCCCCCGCUACCAAACCCGCGGCCACACUAUCUACGACCCACAAACAUCCAACACCUCGGCCCUGAUCCCCGACCUCAACUGGCGCAUCACCUACCCCCACGGCUCCGGCGCCCACGGCAUCGUCUACCAAGACCGGGUCUCCAUCGACGACGUGCUCUCCUUCCCCGCGCAAGUCGUGCAAUCCGCCACCUCCAUCUCGUGGGACUUCACCACGGACCCGUACGUCAGCGGGAUUAUGGGGCUGGGUAUGUCGGCGGGGAACACGGUUAUCGAGAGCAUGUACAAGGAUGUGGAGGAUAAGACGGGGAUCAAGAUCUUGACGUUUAUGGAUAAUGUCAGGGAGCAAUUGGCGGAGCCGGUGUUUACGGCAAAUUUGAGGGAUAAUGCCGAGGGAAGCUAUGGGUUUGGGGUUAUCAAUGAGACGGAGUGCAAGGGCGAAGUGAGGUAUGUGGAUGUUAAGGAGGAUGGCAUCUUUUGGGAGUUUGAGGUUGGGGGGUAUUUGGUUGGGAAUGAUAACGAGGAGGUAGAGGGAGAGAUGAAGGCAGAAGAGGAUGUUUAA